AUGAUGGCAUUGAAGGUGGAAGCCGAUGUCGUCAGCUACAGUGCUGGUAUAAGCGCGUGCGAGAAAUGCGAGCAGUGGCAGUGGGCUGUGGCGCUGUUUAGCGAGAUGUUGGAGGCAGAUAUAAAGCCCAACGACAUCAGCCGCAACGCCAUGAUUAGCGCGUGCGAGAAAGGCAGGCAGUGGCAGCGGGCUCUAACGUCGCUCAGUGAAAAGCUGGAGUUGGAGGCGAAGCCCGACGUCAUCCCUACCUCGAGCUACAAUGUUGGCCUCAGCGCGUGCGAGGGCGGCGGGCAGUGGGAGCGGGCGUUGUCUUUGCUGUGCGACAUGUGGAAGGUGAAGCUGGUGCCCACCGUGCUGAACUACAACGCAGGCAUCGGGGCAUGCGAGAAGGGCGGGCAGUGGCAGCACGCCCUAUCGCUGCUGUGCGGCUUGCGGGAAGCGGAGAUCGAGCCAGAGACCUGCAGCUACAGCGUGGCGGUCACCGCGUGUGCGAGGGCUGGGCUGUGGCAGCGGGCGCUGAGCCUACUCCGGGGGCUACAGGACGUGAGACUGGAGUCGGACGUCAUCAGCUACACCGCUGGAAUCAGCGCGUGCGAGGAGGCACAGCGCUGGGAGGAGGCAGUUUGGCUGCUCGGAGACCUGCAAAGAGCGAAGCUGAAGCCCGACGUCGCUGGCUUCAAUGCCUGUCUCAGCGCGUGCGGGAAAGCCGGUCAGUGGCAGCACGCGCUGUCGUUGCUUCACGAGAUAGAAUGCAAAGACUUGUCUCCUGAUCUGACGAGCUUUAAUGCUGCAGUUAGCGCGUGCGAAACCGCCGAGCAAUGGCAGAGCGCAUUAUCCGUGAUGGUCGGGAUCCACGAAGCUGAGCUGGCGCCGGACAUCGUGAGUUACGGUGCCGGUAUCGGUGCGUGCGCAAAAUUUGGAGAGUGGCGGCAGGUGGCGGAUUGGCAUUGUUGA